AUGGAAUCUGAUUUAUCUAAAAUCGAUGAAACAACCGAGAUCGACUCAAAUCAUCCAGAGAAUCAACAGUUUUUCAGAAAAUUUGUUACAAAAACCGACACCGAGCAGAGCCUUGCUGGAUCAAGACAAGCAAGUAAACAGUCACUGUUCAGUGGCUCAGCAUCACAAUCGGAUUCGCUAAAAUCCAUUGACAGUGUUGUACGAGUCGGACAAGAUCGGCUCUCUGAUGCUUUAGAAGACGAUUUGGAAGAAAAGGCUAUCGAAAAAUCGGAAAUGAAUAAUUCGGAGGUGGGGUCGACGACGAAUCUCUUGGUGACUGUUGAUUCGAUAUCGAUUGGGAGCCUCUCCUCACCCACUAAAGAUCACCAAAGUGAUCUUGAGAACUCUUUCGGCGCGGAACCAGUUGAUAAAGUAGUGCCCGACAAUGCUCUUGAACAGAUUUAUCGACUCAAUUUGACUCAUAAAGAUCCAUCAAAUCCAGUCAUUGAACAUCCAUUCAAGGAUAGUGACGAUGAAUUACUUGAAGAACUCGCACAGAACUCGAAAAAAGCUUUAGCGGCAAUGCAAUCGAAAAGUAAACGCAAGAAAAAGGAAGAGAUGACGAGAAAAUUGAUGGACAAUCAAGCAAGAUUGGGCUUAAAAAUGACAACGGCAAAAGAAAAGGCACAAGAACGAAAGAAACAAGAAGCUGAGCAAGAUCAAGAGGAAAACGUCGAUUGUCGCUGUGACGCAAUCCGGAAAGAUCCCCGUCUCAAGACGAAAGUUUGUGUGCUUAUG